CAACCAGUAGCCAACAUCCAACUUUCAGAGUCGCCACCCAUUACGACUUCAAAGAACAGUCACGCAGCCUCAUAACUCAUUCCCAUACAUAAAUUCCUUUUAAUUACGCUUUCGACUCAAACAGACAACAUCUGAAAUAGCAUCCAGAACCAAAACAAUCAAUUCCAUAACGAGGUUACCAGGCUGAGUAUUUUGUUUACUUCACAAGACACAUAAAUCAUGGACGGCCGCCGAAGAAGAUUCGGUCAUUUCAGACCAAUCCGCUCCCCCCAAGUCGAAGGGCCUCGCUACAUCGAGCCGCAACCCCAGCCAGAAAAACCUCCCAUCCAAGAAAGUCAACAAGCCGCCAACCCUCAAAAGACCUCCCCCCUCUACGACGGCCGCAUCCCCCCCGAAAUCCGCAACAGCAUCUUCCAAUUCACCCUCACAGAAGAAGACACUACCGCCUAUGAGCCAAAUAACGGCUAUUCCCGCCCAGGCUACACGCACAGAAAAGGAGUCAAUACCGCACUCCUGCAAACCUGCCGGCUCAUCUACCUUGAGACGUACCACCUCCCUCCAGCAACCAAGCAGCACGUGUUCUGGCACCCACCCGAGACAGGACCCCAUGGACGAUUUUACCGAGAUCGGAACGGAUGGGAGCGCGAGAGGGAGAUGUUCAAGUUCCGGAUGACGUCCUGGCAGGUUGAUCUCGUGAGGGAGAUCCACAUCUUCACGCAGCAGUUCUGGCUUGAGGAGUACUUCCCCAAGUUUUGCGAGGAAGGGUUUUUGAGGGGUGUGGAGAAAGUUAAGAUUGCGAUUAGGCGGUGCGAUUGGUGGUGGAAUGAGCGCAAUCAUCCGUUGGCGAUUAACCCGUAUAGAGGGAAUGCGGAUACGAGUCAGAUGAUGGGGGAUAUGGUUGCUAGUAAAGAGGGGAACGUUCCAGAGUGGAACGCGGAGGGGUGGGGAGCUGCGUUGGGGAAGUUGCCGGUUUUGAAGGAGGUGGAGAUUGAGCUUGAGACGUCGGAUGAUAAGGUUGAUGAGUUAAUGGCUAUUGUGGAGUGGGCUAAGGGGUGGAGGUUCCCGUUGAAAGAUGGGAGGGUUUUGAGUACGGAAGGGGUGCGUGCGAAGGGGGUGCAGACCUGGCAGGGGCCGAUGUGUUGGUGGUCGCAGGUUUGUCCUUAUUGUUCGGGGGUUUCUCAGUGUCGGGUUGCGGAUCCGCCGAAUGAGAGGUGUGCGGAGAGAGUGAGGUUGAGGGCUCUUUCUAAAGGUCCAGUUUGCUCGGUCUAUACGCUGAGGUGGAGAGCUACUCAGGAUGCUCUGAGCUCUGGAGAGAGUGAAAAGGAGUUGUGAUGUGUUUAGCGAGGGUACUGAUACAGUACUUGCUGGCCGAUAUUGGCAAAUAUCGCUUCAGCACCUUCUUAUUAGUAUUUUUUUACUUUAAAAGAAUCGAGACAUGGUCUUUGGAUGUAC